UUCCGCAUUCGCAUGUGAAUGGAAGUAAAUGGAAGAAAUACAAACUAAGAUGCCAUUUCAGACUGCUGUAAACCAAAGCUUACAUGUUCUAUCAUAAUUAUUGGGUUGAAAAUCACAGGAGAAUGAGUCUCUAUGAGAAAAGAGAGGAGGGGGAUGUUGAUCACUACCAAAACCAGGAAGCAGCAGAGGACGGACGUGUGUCUGUGAAGAGUGAUAGAUCCAUGGAAAACGCCCUUAAUUAUAGGGAUGGAACUGUGGCCUUUAACCCCAGAGAUGAUCAGACUGGAGUCCUGCAGCAGGAUUCUGUCCAAAAAGCAGAUGAUGGACUACAGAGAGCCAAAGACCAACACAAAAUCAGCAUGAAGAACAAAUAUGAGAGCUUAUUUGAGAAGAACAGAAUCUACACACAACUCCGUAUCAUACACGGAGAGAGUGAAGGUGUGAAUGAAGAACAUGAGGUGUUGAACAUGGAGAAAACACCAAGAUUACAAGACACUCAAAUCAACUGCAACAACAUCUUUAAAGACCUACCUGGACCAGGACGUGAGAAGAAAGGCAAAAUAAAGGCAGUUCUUACCAAAGGCAUGGCUGGAAUUGGAAAAACGGUCUCUGUGCAGAAGUUCCUUCUGGACUGGGCCGAGGGAAAAGCCAAUCAGGAUGUAGAUUUCAUGUUUGUGCUUCCAUUUCGAGAGCUGAACUUGAUUCGAGAUCAUCAGUACAGUCUUCACAGACUUCUGCUUGAUUUUCACCCUGAACUUCAAGAUCUGAACUCAAAGAUCUAUGAGGAGUGUAAUGUUGUGUUCAUCUUUGAUGGUCUGGAUGAAAGCAGAAUUACGCUGACGUUUUCAGACAGUGAGAACGUUUCAGAUGUUACUGAGACCUCCUCAGUGGGCAUGUUGAUGUCAAACCUCAUGAAAGGAGAUCUGCUUCCCUCUGCUCUCAUCUGGAUCACCUCCAGACCAGCAGCAGCCAGUCAGAUCCCCUCCAAAUACAUCAACCGUGUGACAGAGAUCCAGGGAUUCAAUGAUCCUCAGAAGGAGGAAUAUUUCAGGAAGAGGAUCAGUGACGAGCAACAAGCCGGCAGAAUCAUUUCACAUAUUAAAAAAGCAAAAAGCCUCCACAUCAUGUGCCACAUACCCGUCUUCUGCUGGAUCUCAGCCACUGUGCUACAGCAGCUCUUAAAAGAAGAUCUCAGUUCAGAAGUCCCUCAAACUCUGACUGAAAUGUACAUCCACUUCUUGCUCACUCAGAUAAACAUGGGAAAUCAAAAAUACAAAGAGAGAGAUCCAGAGAAAGUCCUGCAGUCCAACAGAGAAGUGAUCGUUAAACUUGCUGAACUGGCUUUCAAACAGCUGAUGAAAGGCAAUGUGAUGUUCUAUGAGGAGGACCUGAUUGAGAGCGGCCUAGACGUCACUGACCCCUCGGUGUAUUCUGGGAUUUGCACUGAGAUCUUUAAAGAGGAAUCUGUGAUUCAUCAGAGGAAAGUCUACAGCUUCAUCCAUCUGAGCUUUCAGGAGUUUCUAGCCGCUUUGUAUGUAUCUUACUCCCAUGUGAUGAAGAACAUGGAACCAUUGCAGUUGUUUCUGGAUGAUAAACAUGAGAGGGACAGACCUAAGAGAAACAGGUACAGAUUUAAGAAAAUCUCUUUGUUUCAGCUACUAAAAUCAGCAGUUGAUAAAACUCAUCAGAUUGAAAAUGGGCACCUGGAUCUUUUUCUGCGGUUCUUGCUGGGCAUCUCACUAGACUCCAAUCAGGAACUCUUAAAGGAUCUACUGCCACAAGCAGAGAACAACUCAAAGAACAUCAAAGGAUUCAUGCGGUACAUUCAAGAGGCAAUCAAGAGAAAUGACAAUCUUUCAGCCAACAGAUCCAUCAAUCUGUUCCUCUGUUUGCUGGAAAUGAAUGAUCAGACUCUGUAUCAAGAGAUUCAGGAGUUUGUGAAAUCAGACAAACACUCCGAUAUGUAUCUCUCUAUUGCUCACUGCUCAGUGAUAGCCUAUGUGCUUCAGACGUCAGAGGAGGUGCUGGAAGAGUUUGAUCCUAUGGAAUACAAAACAACAGAGGAGGGUAGAUGGAGACUGAUACCAGCUGUGAUGAACUGCAGAAAAGCUCUACUUGCUAGAUUGCGUCUUUCUGUUCAGCAGUGUGACAGAUUGUCUUUAGCUCUACGAUCAUCAAACUCUUGCCUGGAACAGCUGGACCUGAGUAACAAUAACCUGCAGGACUCAUCAGUGAAGCUGCUUUCUACUGGACUGAAGAGUUCACACUGUCACCUGAACAUACUGAGACUUGCUAGAUGUCAUCUGUCCCAUCAGUGCUGUGAAAGUUUGUCUUCAGCUCUUCAGUCAUCAAACUCUCUUAAAGAGUUGGACCUGAGUAACAAUGCCCUGCAGGAUUCAGGGGUGAAUCUGCUUUCUGCUGGACUGAAGAGUUCACACUGUCAACUGAACAUACUAAGACUGGUCUUCUGUAAUCUCACUGGUCAGUGCUGUGAAAGUUUGUCUUCGGCUUUACAAUCAUCAAACUCCCAGCUUAGAGAGUUGGACCUGAGCAGCAAUGACCUACAGGAUUCAGGAGUCAAGCUGCUUUCUGUUGGAUUUAAGAGUCCAAACUGUCAACUGAACAUACUGAGGUUAUCUGGCUGUAUGGUUACAGAGAAAGGCUGUGGUUAUGUGUCUUCAGCUCUGCGUUCAAACCCCUCACACCUGAGAGAGCUGGAUCUGAGCUACAAUAACCCAGGAGAAUCAGGAGUCAAGCUGCUCUCUGAAAAACUGGAGGAUCCAAAAUACAGACUGGACAAACUCAAUGUGGAUCAUGGAGAAGAGUUCAGGAUUAAAGCAGGACUACACAAAUAUUUCUGUGAUCUCACACUGAAUCCAAUCACAGCCAACAAAAACCUUGUUCUGUCUGAAGAUAACAGAAAGGUGACAUAUGUGGAAGAGCAUCAGGCAUAUCCUGAUCAUCCAGAGAGAUUUGAAAGGCAUCCUCAAGUUCUGAGUAGAGAGAGUCUGUCUGGACGCUGUUACUGGGAGGCUGAAUGGAUGUCUCUGUGUCCGUCUGAAAACCCUGUGGGCAACAACACAGAUGUCACAUGCACACGUGAAUGA